GGAAGAUUUGCAAAAAUUCUAAAUAGAGCCUUUUUUUUUUCUUUCUAUUUUGCGAUAGUCAGUGAAUUAACAAAGAUUUUCCUUUUCCUCUUUGUAAUUUUUGACUCUUGCUUUUUGGGAUUUGCCUAAUCGAAUUUCUGGUUGUGGUUUCCUGAUCUGUUCUUGGCACCGAUUUCUCUUGGAAGAUCCCUCUCGAGUUUCGAUCGCCCUCCUUCACAGAGAAGCUUCGAGCUCGAGAGAGAAUCCAUGGAUUCUUCUCCGCCGGUUUCGGGUCGAUUCGAUAUAUUCGAGAUAUACCGCAGAUUUUGUGAUAUUCGAUCAGGUCAACUUUUAAUUCAAUACAAACCCGGCGAGGAAUCACAAAGAGUUAAUUAUUCUAAAGAAGCAUUAAAUCAGCUCUUGAGUCUAGUCGAGAAGAAGUUUCAAGCAAGGUUGACUUCACCGAGUUUACCCGCUUAUAUGAUUUUGUUUUCUUUAUGUGCCGUGAGAAUGGACAGAAGAGUAUAACUGUAGGUAGAGCUAUUACCGCAUGGAAACUUGUUUUGGUUGGGAGAUUUAGGUUACUUAACCGCUGGUGUGACUUUAUUGAGAAAAAUCAACGGCACACUAUUUCAGAAGAUACUUGGCAACAAGUCUUGGCAUUUAGUCGUUGUGUGCAUGAGAAUCUAGAAGGAUAUGACUCCGAAGGUGCUUGGCCUGUCCUCAUCGAUGACUUUGUUGAGCAUAUGUACAGCAUCUUAGGACCGAAUAAGAACACUGGCUUGUCCUGUAACUGUGGUGAUACAGAAUUUGAAUCAUGCCUUUAUGAAGAUCCUCUUUCAGAUAAGCACCGCAAAGAUUAUCGCCGCCGCCACACGGGUUUAAGAAAUGUUCCAGGUUUAAAGAGAAAAUCAUCUAAAGACGACGAAGAAGAAGUAUCAGAAACUGAAAACUCUUAUUCGUCGCCAUACUUGAAACGUAUCAGAGCAGACAACAGUCCAACAAGAUGUUCAUCCAAGUCACCUUGCGCGAUCGAGCGAAGUCUCUCACAAGGAUUUCCUUUGGAUAUUAAUCGGUUUCAGCCUUCAGAGUUAGUCUCUUCCCAUCUGAUUUUCCAGAUGUCAGCAAUGGAAGAAGAUAACCACGAAAAACAUAAUGACAACGACGGAUCUUCCUCUUUCUAUAAGACCUGUUUCAACGCACUCAAUGCUCUCUCAGGGAUUGGAAUAUUAUCGGUGCCAUAUUCACUAGCUCGUGGAGGAUGGUUGAGUCUUUCACUCCUGUUACUCCUAGCCGCAACCGCUUUCUACACUUCUCUACUCAUCACAAAAUGUAUGAACGCGGAUCGCAGCAUCAAAACAUAUCCGGAUAUCGGAGAACGCGCGUUUGGUAGAACAGGAAGACUCAUUGUGUCACUCUUCAUGCACCUAGAACUCUAUCUAGUCACCACGGGUUUCUUGAUCCUUGAAGGCGACAACCUUCACAAUCUUUUCCCGAGGUUCAACAUCAAAAUGAUCGGACUGAGAUUGAAUGGCAAACAAUCUUUCAUGGCCACUGUGGCACUCGUCAUCAUGCCAACACUAUGGUGGGACAAUCUAAGCGUUUUGUCUUAUGUCUCUAUGAGUGGCGUUUUAGCUACGAUGGUGACUCUUGGAUCAAUAUCUUGGGUUGGAGCAUUUGAUGGAAUUGGGUUUAGUCAAAAAGGAAAGCUGAUUAAUUGGAGUGGAAUCCCUACGGCUUUGAGCUUAUAUGCUUUUUGCUAUGGUGCACAUCCGGUUUUGCCCACUUUGUAUUCCUCUAUGAAAAGCAAACAUCAGUUCAACAAUGUCCUACUUAUAAGUUUUGUGUUAUGCACCAUAGGUUACACAUCAAUGGCGGUUUUGGGCUACUUAAUGUAUGGAUCACAAACGUUAUCGCAGAUAACGUUGAAUCUUCCGAUUCAUAAGACGAGCUCAAAGGUGGCAAUAUACACAACCCUCGUGAACCCUAUAGCUAAAUACGCCUUGAUGAUCACGCCAACGGUGAACACUAUCAAAGAUUGGUUUCCUUCACGGUACGCCAAAAAGACAUACUUACAUCUCUUGAUAAGUACGUUCUUCAUUACAAGUAGUGUGGUCGUCGCUGAGACACUUCCCUUCUUCGGCUAUAUGAUGUCUUUGGUUGGAGCGUUGUUGAGUGUGACGGUUUCAAUUUUUCUGCCAUGCAUAUGUUACUUGAAGAUCACUGGAAAUUACAAGAAAUUUGGGUGCGAGACUAUAAUGUUGUUUGGUAUGGUGGCGAUGAGUGUUCCGAUUGGAGUUUUAGGCACUUACAUUGCAAUUCGAGAAAUAGUUGGUAGUGUUUGAAUGUUUUAAUAUAUUGGUAGGUGUUGUAGCACCUAGUAGCAACUACAUAUGUUACAAUAAUUCAAAUAAUUUAUGUCUUUUAUCGUUAUUUUUAACAUUGUGAACAAUUAUGCGUUUCAUUAUAUAUGUCUUCUCGUAUGUAUUAAUUUUGAACAAUAAACUGUAGCUAGUGCCUAGUUGAUCCAGAAAGAUACCCAAUAUAAAAGAAACACUAUACAAAACUGUAUACUUUUUGUGAACAUAUAAAAAAAUAGAUAUUUGAAGAAAAGUUUCAAGCAUCAUGCAUACGUUUUUGUGGUCACCAAACAUCG